UCUGUUCUUCAGUAUACUCGUGCCGCUCGAAGGCGACGGAUGUACGUUGUCAGUUAAAAUACGUGUUUCAAAGUUCUGUAAAUGCUCCGCAAAUGCAGCUUACACUAUAAAAGUAAUUUUUUAUUUGACGAACGCGUGUUUAUAUUCAAUAUGCGACGUGAGACAUUAAUAACGAGUGAUAAAGAUCGAAACUAUCGAAACUGCCGAAAAUAUUUGAGAUAAAUUGUCUUUAUUGAUAUCAAUGUGUAUUUUAUUGUAUAUCAAGCAUAAUUAUUGAAAUUUAUAGAAAGUGUAUUUUAUAAAAGUGACAUUAUUUGUGGAGUAAGCUGUGUUAAUAAUCAGAUGUGAGUCGAGAAAUGUAAUUUAAAUUAAUAAAAUAAUACAUCAGAAUAAUAUAAAAGCUGUGUAAAUUCUAAAAGUCGUGCGCGCUGUAUUAUAAAACAGGCAUUAAAAAGUCAACACCAAAUUCCUUUUUUUCAAAGUUUCUUGCUAGAUAAUUGAGUGAAAUAGAUUUUAAUUAAAAGUCACAUACAGUAAUAACAGAAAGAAGUUAAAAAUAUUCUUCAUCAACCAAUUGUGAAACAAAUGUUAAAUAUUAUGCAUUAAUUGUUGCAAAAAUUAUGUAUCGUAUAUUCUAUUAUUAUAAACAUCAGAGUUGAUACAACAUGAAUUGUACUUUCUACUCAUCGUGACCAAUGAAGACGCCCAUAAACAUAUAAAUCCUUGCUUCAAACCCACUUCUGUGCAAACAGCACAACGAUUUAGUCAAUCGUCAAGUCAAUUUCGAGAUGACAUCAAUGUUGCCGGAAGAAAAUAGCAACGCAGCAAAAAUGAAGCAAAAAUUGCUGAAUGAUAGACCUGUGAAAGAAGAAACGAGAUCUUUCUUGAGUUUCUCGCGUGAGAACCUAAACAUCUCACACUCCGAUUUAGAGCAAGGAUUCAAUAGGUCACGACUAAGGCCGAGCAGAAACACGAUCCUAAGCGUGGCCGCCCUUCUAAUUGCUCUCCUCUGUCUUGCUAUCGAAAGUUGGGAGUUGCGCUGCCUGACGACGAAUACGCACGAAAUCGAACAGCUGAAAAGAGACGUCGAGGACCUAAAGCAUCGGUUACUGAGGCAGAAUCUUAUGAACGACCUGAAGGCAUUCGAGGAACAGUUGUACGGUGAAAAAUCGACCGAAGAUGAUGAUCCGGGCGAGGCGGACAUUGAUUAUGCGGAUUACGACUCCAAUUACGAUGACGAUAGUUCCGCAUCGCAUGACUAUUCCGGUGAAGUACCCGGAAAUCAGCAUGUCCCCCUGAGUUAUGGCUCUAGACCAUCGGACUUCCCCGAAAUUACGUCCACACCGAUACCUACGUCCCCAAAAUCUUACUCCAAUCCUAUUCUACAAUUGAUGGAGUUCGUGAGCAAAGCCGAGACGAAACGUGGGCUGGAAUUCGAGAAGAAUGUGCGAGACAAUCACAAAAGCAUCGAACGAAAACGUCUUAAGGAAGACCACAGAGCGCGAGUAAGUCACGAGGAGAAGAGCAGCGAUACAAACAGCACUAAACACAAACGCGAUAUCCUCAUAAAGGAUAUCGCAGAUACAGGAUAUUUGAAAUCUGCUUCUGAGCAGCAGGACAAAAGGAUCAAGCAGAGACGUUCUGUGAGCGAUUAUAUGAUUACUGAUUAUUCAACGGAUACAUCGAAUUAUGAACUCAUUGACCGACAUCGUACUAGGAAAACUAUUGCGUCCAAAACACAUUCUCACGCGAGCAGCGAGAACAAAAUGACCGACAAUUCUGGAACGAACUUAGCAUCAUCGACGGUUUCUUGGGACAUACAUCCCCCGAAGAAAUAUCACGCCCACGAGCGUCUGGACGCGUCUUUUCCAGCGGACGAUGACCAAUUAAGCGAAGAAAUUGCACGGUCCAAUGAACACAAGAGCGAAAGAAUGGAGAGCGUGGGUGGUAGAAAUGUCAACUGGCGGAAUGUUCAUCGCGGUGCUAUCCGAAACAGAACGGAAAGUGAAAUUGGCGAAUUCGCUCAGAAUUACGAAAUGCUUGUGACGGAGCCUCUUCGGAAAUUGACCCGAAGGCAUUUACGUGCGCCACGGCAGGUUUAUGCAGUUCAUUAUGAGGCGGAUUUCAACCGCUUGUCGGCGCAAGACGAAAAAGACGACAAUGGUAAAGUACGGCACCACAGAGGCAUCUUUAAGGCGUGGCGGCCGAGUGACUGGGUCGCCGAACUCGGUAUGAAUCGCUAUUUCACACUCUCCAGUGACGGUGAAAUCAUCGUGCACGAGGCAGGAUUGUAUCUGGCGUACGCACAGAUUCAUUAUGUGGACGAGCAUGAUGAUAACGGUUUCCAUUUAUUGGUGAACGGCGAACCUAUCCUGCAAUGCAUGGUACACACCCCAGGUAUAGGACACAAAAGUCGCUCAUGUUUUUCAGCUCAAGUGACUUUUCUCCAAGCAGGUAACCGUCUAGUCUUGAAAGAAGUUGGAGCAACAAAGUACACGCUCUUUCAUCGUGAAAAAAGUUUCUUAGGCUUGGCGAAACUUGGUGAAAUGAGACAGCAACAAAAGCAUCAAACGUAACAAUUAUCAUGACAUUAAUCAUUUUCUCAAUAUACUAAAAUUAUUCAUAGCGAUAAAAAUACUAUCUACAUAUUUAUAGAAUUAUUAUUGGUAAAAAUCAAUUGUAAAUCAAUUUGCAUCUAAUGUAAAAUAUUAUGUACCUUUUAAAUUGUGAACGAAAUUAUUUCUCAACAAUUUUGUUUUUCAAGUUUCAUGCGUGAAAGUUUAAGUAAAACUUAAGUUCUUCAUUUUACAAUUUUUUUAUACUUUACUUGUAAAUCUAUUUAUAUGUAUUGAUUAUUCCACAUUGCAUGUUAUUUUCGUUCGUAUAUA